UCGAUUUUGAGAGCGCACAAUCGGACAUUAAUUCAAUUGGACCUCAAAUUUCCAGGUAUGAUCCAGAACAUGUUUGCUCUAUUGACUAUAGACAGGGCAAACAUAGGCAAGCGACAUAUGAUGUCAUUGCAAAUAUGGUUGCACAUAAAUUUUUGGAUGCUUCUAUAAACCCGUACACACCUAAACAACUCAUUGCUGAUAUGAGCAUGGAUUAUGGUAUUUCGAUGUCAUAUAAGAAGUCAUGGAAAGCUCGAAAGAAAGCGAUGGAAAUGCAAUUUGGUUCUGAUUCUGAGUCUUACCAGAUGCUGCCUUCAAUUGCUUACAUGCUAAAUAAGACAAAUCCAAGAUCUGUUGUUAAUCUUGUUACAAGUGCUGAUGAUGCUUUUCAGUAUUUUUUCAUGUCACUUGGUCCUUGGAGAGAUGCGUGGCAGUAUUGUAGGCCCGUGCUUAUUUUGGAUGGAUCAUUCAUGAAAUCAUAUUACAAAGGCACCUUGUUGACAGCUUGUGCUCAGGACGCGAAUAAUCAAAUUGUUCCUAUAGCUUUUUGUAUAUGUGAGUCUGAAAGUAAAGCAACUUGGCGGUGGUUCUUAUCCAAGGUUCGUUCAUGUAUUGAACAUCGUUCUGACAUGUAUAUCAUAUCUGAUAGGCAUAAAGGGAUUCUUAGUGCUGUUCGUAAAAUAUUUCCACAUUCUGGCCAUGGCUUUUGUGUUGAACACUUACGCCGCAAUAUGACAUCGAAAUUCAGAGGCUCUGCAAAAGAUUUGGGUUGGAAAUUUAAAGCUGCAUAUUCGGCUUCAACUGUGAAAGAGUUUGAGUAUUACAUGUCACUGUUAGAUACUCAAGAUGCCAGAAUACGCCCAUGGUUAGAAAAAGUUGGUAUUGAAAAAUGGGCUAAAUGUAUGUCUGGUUUCAAUAGAUUUAAUGUGAUGACCUCAAACUGUGCUGAAUCUUUAAAUAGUGUGAAUGCUUGUGCAAGACAGUACUGUGUUUCCAAACUCAUCAAUUUUUUGCGUGAAAGAAUGCAAGAAUGGUUUAAAGCAAGGAGGGAAAUAGCUGAAUCUACAUGUACAAAGCUCUCUGAAAAAUAUGAAAAGCUUCUGGUUUCCUUACAAUUUGAAUCAAGUCGUAUGAAGGUGAAUGCAUCUUGUGCAUAUGAGUUUGAGGUCAUUGAUAGGAAAUGUAGACGCUUUGUGGUCAACCUUAAUUCAAGAAUAUGCACUUGUGGGCAGUUUCAAUUAAAUCAUUUUGUUUGUGUUCAUGCUGUCGCUGCAAUUGGUUCACGCCCUGGUCUAUCUUGUUACAGUUACAUAUCCUCUUACUACACAAGAGAUCACUUGUUGGCAACUUGGAGUGGUAUAAUGCACCCAAUUGGAGAUCCUGAAGAUUGGAUCAUUCCUUCUGAUGUUUCAAGUACUAUUUGCAAGCCUCCUACAUGUUUGAAGCGCCCACCAGGGCGACCCAAAAGGUCCAGAAUCCCAUCAAUUGGAGAACAUGUUGGUUCCAAACGUCGAAAGUGUUCUCGCUGCAAAGUUUUUGGCCACAAUAAGAAGACUUGCCGUAAUGCUCUUCCAGUCGAUAAAAAUUGACUUCCUUUACACAGUUUUUAG